CAUUGUUAUGAAGACAAUAUGGAGACUUGUUGUUGAUGUCAAAAAUAAAAAAAAAAAUUCAUGUCAAUAGAACACCAGAGGAGAAAUAAAUUUUGUUUUGAUAUUUUCUGUGAAAAAGCAAUCUCAAGCAACCAUUCGACUGCAAGCACACGCACCAUGAAUAAACUCAAAUCCGGUCAACGUGACAAAGUACGAAAAUUUAUAGCAUUAACGCAAACAGGCGAACAAACCGCAAUAUCAUGCUUAUCUCGAAACGAAUGGAAACUGGAAUUGGCAUCGGACAAUUAUUUUCAGCAGCCCGAACUCUACUAUCGCGAAUUAGAUCGUAAAAAAAUCGAAACCCUAUUCAACAGAUACCGUGACCCAUCAGAUCCGAACAAGAUAAAUUCCGAUGGAGUGGUCAAAUUUCUGGAAGAUCUUGGACUGAGUCCAGAUUCAAAGCUGGUGUUGAUAAUUGCAUGGAAAUUGCGGGCCGAAACACAGUGCGAAUUCAGCAAAGAUGAAUUUGUGAAUGGCUUCUCCGACCUGGGUGUAGAUAGUUUAGAUAAAUUAAAUGGCAAAUUACCGGCACUAGAAAAUGAAUUGAACGAUCCGUUGAAAUUCAAAGACUUUUAUCAGUUCACAUUCAAUUAUGCAAAAGAGCAACAGCAGAAAGGGCUAGACUUGGAUAUGGCGAUCGCUUAUUGGAAUAUUGUGAUGCAAGGCAGAUUCAAAUUCUUGGAUUUGUGGUGCAAAUUUUUAACGGAAAAUCACAAACGAUCGAUACCCAAAGAUACGUGGAAUUUACUCUUAGAUUUUGCCACACACAUUGAUGACAAUUUCUCAAAUUAUGAUGCCGAAGGAGCUUGGCCAGUGCUGAUUGACGAUUUUGUUGAAUGGUGUCAAACGAAUUACUUUCAACAGCCGAAAAUCUCAACAAGCAAUACCUACCAUUCACACAUGUAUUAUGGUUAGUGCACUCAGACCGCUCGCACACACCCACACACACAUAUUGUACUAGUGAAUUUCGCUUUGUUUUUCAAUUAAUUAAUUUUCUCUCUUUAUUUUCAUUCGAUUUGCAGAAAUCGAUUUUGUUUUCGUUUUUUUUUUUUUUGAAAUAUAGAUAUGAUGAUGAUGAACUAAUCUUCUUAUUUUUUUGUCUCUAGAAAUUCUUUCCAGUUAUUGUUUUUGUACUUUUUGAAGUAAUUAAUUGAAUAAAGCAAAAAGGUCAUGAACCACUUUUCAGAGAAAAAACAUUAUUUAUAUUUGCUAACAAAAGAAAAAGUUUAAAAAAAAAAUGGAACAACAAAAACAACAAAAAAAAAACAAAUUCUUAGAAAAUUAGUCGUCGGCGAAACAGAUUGUAUAAAAAUUGUGAAUUCUUUUUAACAUAUUUUGUGGAAGGAAUCGUAACUUCCGAUCAAUUUAUAAAUGUAAAAUGUUGCAAUUUAGACGUUUAAAACUAAAUAAUUAAUUCGAUCCAAGUGAAAUGAAAAUUUUAUUAAAAGAAAA